AUGACAGAAACCCAUCUGGAGUCAAAAAGUCUCAAUGACAUCCGCUUCUUGACCUUCAAUGUCAAUGGUAUCCGUACCCUUUUCAACUAUCACCCAUUUGAUGAAAUGGAGUCAUCGCUUUACAAGGUUUUUGACUACUUAAAGUCGGACAUCAUCACAUUCCAAGAACUGAAAACUGAGAACACUGCAAUCACCAAAUGGGGUAGAAUUCCUGGGUUCUACUCGUUUAUAUCGAUUCCCAAGAAGAAAAAGGGGUACUCUGGGGUUGGAUGUUGGAUAAGAAUACCGGACCAAGCCGAUCCACUUUACAACAUAUUACGAGUUGUUAAGGCUGAAGAAGGUUUGACCGGGUACUUGUCCGUGAAACGGGGGAAAGGGCAUGUGAGGUAUAAAGAUGACGAUACGUUGGGAAUUGGAGGUUAUGAGUCGCUUGGAAUUGAAAAUGAACAAGAUGCGUUGAUACUGGAUUCUGACGGGCGAUGCGUUAUGGUGGAGCUUGCUUGUAAUAUCGUUGUUAUAAGCACAUAUUGUCCUGCUAAUUCAUCGCUUUCUGACAGUGGUGAAGACCAUAGAUUGAAAUUUCUGAGGGUAUUAUUCAGACGAAUCAAAGCAAUUAUUGCCUUGGGCAAACAAGUUGUCCUGAUGGGCGACAUCAAUGUGUGUCGGGAUCUGAUAGAUCAUGCUGAGGGUCUUGAAAAAUCGGGUAUCAGGAUAGGUGAUUGGCGUAGAGGCAAUGAUCUUGAAGCUGCUAACCCUUCCGCUGUGCGAGACUUUAUAUUUGAGCCUUCUCGUGUGGGCCGCCGGUUACUCAAUGAAAUCUUGGCGGAUUCGGUAAUUCCAGAGCUUGCUUCGCAUGGUCAUCUCGUCGACACGACGAGACAUGCACAAGGAAGAGACAGACUUAAAUUAUAUACAGUCUGGAAUACCUUGAAGAAUUCGAGACUUAUCAACUACGGUUCGCGCGUUGACUAUAUUUUAAUGUCCAAGGGCCUCAGGGCUCAAAUAAGUCAAGGUAAUAUAUGGCCGCAGGUACUGGGAUCCGAUCACUGUCCUAUAUUUUGUGAUUUGAACACAGCUGGCUUAUCUGUGGAGUCAGCUGGGCAAACGAUACCCAUACCAAGAUUUGAAGCACGAUAUAAAUAUGGGCUCAAUCAUGGCGACAUUUCAAUAUUGCUGCCCGCAUGUCUGAAAAGAUCUCUGCCGGAAAAAACCGUCUCUCCGGCGCCCAAAAGGUUGAACCUUGCCAAGAAAGCACAGCAGACUAGCAUCGAUUCGAUGGCGUCAAAAUCUUUUGCGAAGACCAUGGCACUAUUCGGCGACGAGCCACCGCUUUGUCGACAUAACGAAAAGGCCGUUUUAAGGACGUCCAAAACUUCUAACAAUCCAGGUAAACGCUUCUGGGUAUGUUCUAGACCCAAAGGCGAGACAGGAGACCCAGCAGCAUCUUGUGGGUUUUUCGAAUGGAAACAAAAGCCUUAG